UGGUUCUCAUCUCCUUCUCUUCUCCCCUUCACUGCAGGAGCUGGAGUGGCCGUGGGGGGCAGUGUGCUGGUAGCCAGCCAUGAUUGCCACUGGAGGCCUCCUGAGGAUCUCGGCCAGGAAACAGGACCCCUUGAAACCCCAGAGCCAACUCCCCAAACGCAAACGCAAGGCCAAAAAGAAGCGCAAAAAUGACGUGGUGGUGGUGAAAGGCAAGCUCAAGCUGUGCUCCCUCUCAGGGUUCAUUGCCCUCUGUGGCAUCCUGGUACUGCUGGUGGGCAUCGCCUUGGCUGUGGUGGGCUACUGGCCAAAACCCAGCCAGGUGUACAGAGAAAGCAGCUUUGGCAAGGGCCGGCACCCAGCACCACAGGGUGGCACCCACACGAACCGCUCCCAGAGCCAGGGAAGGGUGCAAGCAAGGAUCCACCUGGAGUCUCCCCCUGGAGCCAAUGCCUCCACCACUGCUACCACCGGUGGGUCCGCCCCUGCUUCCUCAUCCCCCCAGGCCUCAGCUGGUUUCCUUUUCCGUCUUUUCUCCAGCUACUUGCAUUCAGACAAGCUGAAGGUGCUGGGCCCUCUGAUCAUGGGUAUCGGCAUCUUCCUCUUCAUCUGCGCCAAUGCGGUGCUGCAUGAAAACCGUGACAAGAAGACCAAGAUCAUCAACCUGCGUGACCUCUACUCCACCGUCAUUGACGCCCAUAGCCUGCGGGCCAAGGAUGGAGGCACCCCGGCCUCAGCCCCUCUCAAUGGCUUUGUCAACUACGUGCAAUCCCGGGGCCUGGAGCUAAAGCCUGGUGGGGAAGGCCUGGGUGCUGCAGCCAUGCUGGCCAAGAGCUCCUGGCCACCAGGACUGGGUGUCUCCCUUUCCCCACCGGAUCUGGUGUCCUCACCGCAGCGCUCCUCUUUCUGCGCCCCACCACAGCCGCCCAGCCUGGCUGAGGCUGUGUACAGCAUCUGCCAGGAGCGUGCUGCCCUUGCUGGCCACCCUGUCACCAGCCCACCCUGCAGCCCACCGGGGAGCUGCGAGAGGUGCAGCACGGCCAGCUCCAUCAUCGGCUCUUCACUGAGCACCUUCACCCUCCUGCCCUUGGGGCCAAGCAGUGGAGGCGGAGGCUGGCAGAGGCCACCUGGUGAACGGGGAGCCCAGGAGAUCCCACGGGGGGAGUUUGAACUGAGCCUAACUGACCUCAGCAGCGGCUACAUCAAGGGAAGCUGUGGGACAACGAGGCAAAAAGUGGUUCUCAGGCGGCAGAGCACCAGCUGCUUGCCUGAUGCCAGGCGUCCCCUUUCCCCUGAGCCACCUCGGUCACCAGCUGUCAGGAGGGUCUUAGAAUCCAGCCUCUUGGUAAAGGCAUCUCCUAGUGACUCCAGACCUCUAGAUCUGGGGGGAUCACCCCCUUCAGCUCCUCCUGCCAUCACCAGGACGGACUCCCAGAGCUCCCAGUCCGAGCCUUCCAGCAGCAAUAAGGGCUACAGCCACUUGGAGGAGGCAGGCACCUCCUUGGAGUCAGUUGCCAAUACCGCAGCCAGUAAAAUUCAGGACUGUGAGGAGGCACCAGUUGAGCAGAUGGACCCCCUCAAGGCUACCAGCAGAGAACAAACAGGGGAGCAAUCCCAGGAAACUCAAAGACAGUAUACAAAUAAAGAGAAACUCUUUAUGAUUUCUAGGUCACAUGCUGCAUUAGGGCUGGAGGAUGGGGAACUGGAGAGUACGGGCAUCUAAAUAAAACAGAGACGGCAGGAGGACACCUUGCAUCCCUCCACACCUACCCUGCUUCUUCAUCUCCUUGUGGACUUAGGAAACCAAUCAAUAUCCAAAGAGCUGCACUAUGUUACCCUUGAAAAUUGAAUUCCAUAGAUCCUGUAGAUGACUUCAGGAAGAAAAAAAGAAAAUCCUUUCUGUCUAAUUGUGAUUGUAUGUUUCAUGCAAGCCAAAUUGUAUUAAAUAUCCAGAGUCCAGCAAGUUCUUUGGAUCAGAUUAAUACAAUUUUGGAUGGUAUAGCUGUGCACUUUACUGUUUUGAUUUUUAAGUGCCCCUUCUUCUCCUCUGAUUUCUUUCUUGCUGAUUUGCCACUAACUGCUUGAAAGCUGCAGGCACCUUUUUAAGCUCAAAAGCAACGUGGUCUUCAGAAAGAAAGUAGAGCUCUCUCUUUGUUUUGGUUCAAUUACUAAAACAUUUGUAAGGCCUUAAGGAUGAUGUACCUUGACAAAGAAUGAGUUUGUUUAAAUUCUGGGAAAAAAAUGACAGCUUAGAAGAGACUGGAGCAGAACAGAGCUCUGAUGAUUUAGUUAAAACCAUUACAUUCCUGAAUCCAAAAUACAUAUUACUACAUGAUACUUUAUCAAAGUAUUAUUACACAUGUAUUGACUAAUAGCAUUAAAAGAUGUUUUUUAAUAAAAUAUUUACAAACAAAACUUACAAAAAAUUCCUUUAUUUUGGUAAGUAAUUACAGAUAUCAAAAAUCGUUUCAUUUUAUACUGUGAAAGAGUAUAGAAAUGCUAUGAAGUCAAAGGCUUGCUUAUACUUUUAAGGAGGUAAUUAAUAAUUUAUGUGAAAUUUCAAAAUAAAUACUGGUUCAGUCCUUGAGAAACCACACUGUAAUUCAACCAGCAGAUUCUGUCUCCAUUUCUGACAGUUCUCUGUGACAGACAGCCUAAGAAAUGUGAGAUUUUGACAUGCUAAGGGGAAAAAAAAAUUAAACGUUUGAUCUUCUAUUCAGAUUAGGUAUUUUGUGAGAUUAAUCUUGAACUGCAUCAUCUUCUUUCUGUAUUUUUCAGUUCCCUUAUAACUGUUGCAUUAAGUCUUUCUGCUGUUGAGGUCCCUAUUUGUGAAUGCAUGUGCAUAAGCUUAAUUUUAAAGCAUAAUGAAAGCCCUUUCAGUCUCAGAGCAGUUGGCUGUGCUGAAGUCAGCAGCAGUUUCUCAAUGAGUUCAGCAUGAUGAGGAUUUCUUCCUUCAUGAGGAAAAGCAUCAGGUUUCCUGAAGCCUAGAGAAUACCUUGUCUGUAGGCAGAGUUUUGGUAAAUUGUUGAGCUGUUUCAUUUUUGUAGCUGCAGCAUGACAGGCACUCAUGUUUUGUCAAAACAGCUUUAUGCACUCAGUAGAUUUUGUCAAUACUUCUGAUUUUAAAUAUGGAUGUGGCAUUUCUCCACUAUGGGAAGAAAAAUCUACAUUAAACAAACACAAUGUGUAGGCAGACAGAAAUCUUUCUGUUGCAAUUAAAAUUUUUCUUGUGAUUCCAUGUUUUAAAGUGCUUAGCUACAUAUUUACUUACAGUACAUUGUGACAUGGACUAUAACUAUCUCUAAAUACAAUUGCAUUUAGUAAGCCUGCAAAAUUCUAUAAUAAAUAAGGCUAAUUUAAAAGAAAAGAAGAAAAGAAAAAAAUAAUUUUCCAUUUAAGUGUCUUGAGACUGGAGAAACAGAAGGUGCUUGUGCUUGUUCUCUUGAGCAACAGAGACAUCCAGGUGGUAAUGUUUUUCCUCCUGUCAUUGGCAACCAGUGCACUGACAGAACAUCACUGUGGCAUUUUUUGCUGUUAAACUGCGAUCACACAGCUGGCAAAAAUCUGCUGUGAAGCUGCCUGGAUUGGCAUGGGAUUGGAUUAGGCACCACAGGAAGUGGUGAGCAGGUGGCUCAGCUGGUGCUGGCAUUUUUAUGGAUCUUUCAGUUCUCCACAGGCAUGUGCUUCUGCUCCUUCUCCUGUGACUUCCAGCAAGAUUUAUGAGAUACAUGUGAGUAGAAUUACCUGGUACUGAUGCAGAUUCUAGUUAUUGACAGAGCUGAAGGCAUCCUGUUUGUUAUUUUCCACGCUAAAACCUUCCAUGGAGGUGCAAGGGAAAAGGCAAGUUGUGUGCUACUUACCGGGGCAUGGAAUCUUCAUGAAGGUGUGACAGGGGUUUGUUUUAUUCUGAGAAUGGGAAACAUGCUUUUUAAAAUAUUAGUAAAUAUUUCUUCUCUCAUCUGAAGUGUGCUCUGGGGAAAAAAAAAAAAAAAAAAAGAAAAAAAAAAGCAACUUUUAAAAGCUUCUGGUUACUCCUUAGAUUGAUUUAAAUCAGAGCAGGCUAGUAAUUAUUCUGAUGAUUAAUUUACUGCAAAGUCUUUUGAAUGACAAAAUUAUAACAGUUUGUGUUUAAUAAGUAAAAUUAUAGCUUGUUCCUGUGUUGCUAAAAAA